CUUGGCGUUUUCCCAUUAUUCAAGUAAAUUCGGCGGCGGAAGCGGCACACCAGUCGAGCAAGCAUCAUGAGUCGUCCCGAGCACAUCAUGCCGCCAGAGAUCUUCUACAACGAGAAGGAGGCGGCCAAGUAUAACUCGAGCUCGCGCAUUAUCAAAGUUCAGAAUGACAUUGCCGAGCGUGCCAUUGAACUGCUGAAUUUGCCUGCGGACAAGGAACACUUCAUCCUCGACGUCGGUUGCGGUAGUGGACUCAGCGGCCUGGCAUUACAGGAAUCUGGACAUGCGUGGAUCGGCUGCGACAUCAGCCAAGACAUGCUAGACAUUGCCAUCGAGCGUGACAGUAGCGGGGACGUGUUCCUCCAGGACAUGGGCGGUGGACUUCCCUUCCGUCCGGGUGUUUUUGAUGGCUGCAUCAGCAUUUCUGCCGUCCAGUGGCUCUGCUACUCGGACAAGAAGGAGCACACGGCGCGCAAGCGUCUCAUGCGCUUCUUCGGGUCACUCUACACGUGCUUGAAGCGCGGCGGGCGCGCUGUGAUCCAGCUGUACCCCGAAACCCCCGAGCAAAUGGAAGAAAUCUCCGCCAACGCCAUGCGCUGCGGGUUCUCGGGCGGGCUCGUCAUCGACUUUCCCAACAGUGCCAAAGCUAAAAAGUACUACCUUUGUCUCAUCGCUGGGCACGAUCCCACCGCAAAGGCGACCCUUCCCAAGGCCCUCGUCGGAGACGCCGCCGCCGCCGCCUUUGAAAACCGCAGAGAGAAAAACAAGAAAGGCAAGGCGCGAGUCCCACUCAAGGACAAGGACUGGGUGCUGGCCAAGAAGGAGCGAUACCGCAAACAAGGAAAAGAGGUCAAGACAGACAGUAAAUUCACGGCGCGGCGUCGCGCGCGAGGGUUCUAACCAUGCAUAUCUCGACUAUACGAUAAUACGUCAACUUGUACGACCUAUUAUUCUGUUGGA